GGCCGCCCCACGGCAGCCCGCGGGGACCCGGUUCCGGCGCGCGCGGGAGGCGCCUCGUGCGGAGGCGGCCCGAGGCCUAGUGACAGGCGCGCGGCGCGGACCCCGGAAGCCCACCUGUCAGAGUUACUGGUCAGCCGGGCGGGCGCCGCUGGGGUCUGGGGUGGACGCUGCGAGCCUGCACGUUGCGCCGGGACCCCGGGGCUGCGCCCAGAAAAAUCAUUUUUCUUCUCUGGGAAGGUGAACAUUUGUAGCACUGAUUUCCCGGAUCUGGUAACAUGGCAAAAGAUGCCGGUCUAAUUGAAGCCAACGGAGAACUCAAGGUCUUCAUAGACCAGAACCUUAGUCCCGGGAAAGGUGUGGUGUCCCUCGUGGCCGUUCACCCCUCCACCGUCAACCCGCUUGGGAAACAGCUCUUGCCAAAAACCUUUGGACAGUCCAAUGUCAACAUUGCCCAGCAAGUGGUAAUUGGUACGCCUCAGAGACCGGCAGCGUCAAACACCCUGGUGGUAGGAAGCCCACACACCCCCAGCACUCACUUUGCCUCUCAGAACCAGCCUUCCGACUCCUCACCUUGGUCUGCCGGGAAGCGCAACAGGAAAGGAGAGAAGAAUGGCAAGGGCCUGCGGCAUUUCUCCAUGAAGGUCUGCGAGAAGGUGCAGAGGAAAGGGACCACUUCCUACAACGAAGUGGCGGACGAGCUGGUCGCGGAGUUCAGUGCUGCCGACAACCACAUCUUACCAAACGAGUCAGCUUAUGACCAGAAAAACAUAAGACGGCGCGUCUAUGAUGCCUUAAACGUGCUAAUGGCCAUGAACAUCAUCUCCAAGGAGAAGAAGGAGAUCAAGUGGAUUGGUCUGCCUACCAACUCGGCUCAGGAAUGUCAGAACUUAGAGGUGGAAAGACAGAGGAGACUUGAAAGAAUAAAACAGAAACAGUCUCAACUUCAAGAACUUAUUCUACAGCAAAUUGCCUUCAAGAACCUGGUGCAGAGAAACCGGCAUGCGGAGCAGCAGGCCAGCCGGCCGCCGCCACCCAACUCAGUCAUCCACCUGCCCUUCAUCAUCGUCAACACCAGCAAGAAGACGGUCAUCGACUGCAGCAUCUCCAAUGACAAAUUUGAGUAUCUGUUUAAUUUUGACAACACAUUUGAAAUCCACGAUGACAUAGAAGUGCUGAAGCGGAUGGGCAUGGCUUGUGGGCUGGAGUCUGGGAGCUGCUCUGCCGAAGACCUUAAAAUGGCCAGAAGUCUGGUCCCCAAGGCUCUGGAGCCGUACGUGACAGAAAUGGCUCAGGGAACUGUUGGAGGCGUGUUCAUCACGACAGCAGGUUCCACGUCUAACGGCACAAGGUUCUCUGCCAGUGACCUGACCAACGGUGCAGAUGGGAUGCUGGCCACAAGCUCCAAUGGGUCUCAGUACAGCGGCUCCAGGGUGGAGACCCCGGUGUCCUACGUCGGGGAGGACGACGAGGAGGACGAUGACUUCAAUGAGAAUGACGAGGAUGACUGACGUCCUCCCCACUUCAGAUUCGGCUUCAGGAAAACGUUUAGGGAAAAGAAACUUUUUUUUUAAUGUGGGUUUUCUGUUUCCUUUUGGCCUACUCCCAAGAAGAUAUUGGUAAGCUAUUGAAUUUAGAUAUGCACCUCUGAUAAGCAAGGAUUGUUUCCCGUAGGAUUAGGACGUGCUGUGGAUGUGUGUUUUGAUACCAGUGUGCUGAUGCAGAGCAUUUAUUUACUUGUUAGGAUUUUGUGUUUUCAUUUGCUAUUUUUCUUUAAGUGCAGAGUUCAUUUUUGCCCCUGAAAAGUUUUUUCUGAGUUUGCUGAAGAAAUUGUAUUUCAACCACAUCCAUGAAAAUAAAACACCUCCUGUUGUGGAUGGUGAGCCCCUGAUGCCGCUUAUUUGCCGUGAGUUUGGAUGGCGCCCCCGCUGGUGGAUAGCGAGACUCUGUGGAGUUUGUUCAGUGGUACGGUGUCCAAGCAAACAGCAGAAUUCAACUUUCUAAACAGCCCCAAGCAAACAACAGAAUUCGACUUUUUAAACAAUAAACACCAUCAACCUUAUUGACUUUAUUGUCCCUUAAAUUAUAUUGACUGUUGUGAUUCCAUCAAGUUUAUACACUCUUUUCUCUCCCUGUUUUGCAGCAACAAAUUGCGAAGUACUUUUGUUUGUUUGUUUUUGUUUGGUUAAAGCUUACUGCCACGCUGGUGCGGCUAUGGAGACUGUCUGGAAGGCUUGGAAUGGUUUAUUGCUUAUGGUAAAAUUUGCCUGAUUUCUUACAGGCAGCGUUUGGAAACCUUUUAUUAUAUAGUUGUUUACAUACUUAUAAGUCUAUCAUUUAAAGACAUGUACUGAAACAAAUGUAUUUGUUUCGUAAGCAUCUUCCUGUAAUCUAUUAUAAAAUUGAAAUUAAAUAUAGAGAAUGUUUUAACAAUUUUUUAACUCAAAAUUUGUCAAUCAUUUUUAAUUCUUUUUUUAUAAAAAGAAAAAGGAAUUUAAGGACAGGCAGUAGUCUCUUUUAAAAUUUAUUCACAAAACCCAUUAACUGCACAGUUACUAUUAGCUGCCUGUUCUAAAACGAUAGUCUUUUUAUUGAAACACAAAUAAACUUUUCUGUAAUAUUUUAUGGAAUAUAAAGAGACUUUAAUUGUUUGACUUGUUUAACUUGGCACUGUUAGUUUUUAUUAAUAAAACGCGCAUGGGCAUUUUAAA